AAAAAUACAGCAUAACAUUCACCGGUGAACAUUUUCGAGCCCCCCCGAACGUCGGAUCGUUGCACGAAAACAUUGAAUCUCGAAUGGUAAACAAACAUUACCCAUAAUGGCAACUUUAGGUGCGCUUAUGCGGAAAAAUCUCGCGUAUCAUCAAUUUAGGAGAUCGUUUUGUGUUGCCACCAAAUGUAGACCAGAAGUAACGCUGGAAGAAUCCACCCAACAUGCGGUAGAAACAGGCAAAUACAAACCGAGACAGCACGAGGGCCGUUUAGUAAGUGGUUGUGUCAGCGUUCCAGAACAGAUCGUGAACGCUAUCCUGAAAUGCUGUAAGGAUUAUCCACUCAAGGCGUUGUUGGCAGAGGGAGUAAAGCUAAAUAAUUUUGUUCGCUCCCGCAAAGUGCCUCUGGAAACGGAUGAAAUCAGAAGAAAAAUAAUUGAUCUCAGGCAUUCAGUAGCGGAAGAUAUUCGGGGGAAAAUAGAUGUAGAAAAAAUGGAUGAAGAGCAGUUGACACGUGUUAACCAAGCCGUCGAAACGCAGUCCAAAAAACGCGUCAAGCAGCAUAUUUACGCGUGGAAACCUUUGAACUACGACGAAUACAAAGCCCUCCAGUAUCUACUGGGACGUUCCGCUGCAGAGUACAGUGUACUGAACCGGAUAUUUGAUGAGAUAAAAAUACGCGAUCCUGAAUUCAAACCUCGAAGUUUCAUCGAUUUUGGGUCCGGCGUAGGGACGGGAACGUGGGCCGCAGCCAAUGUUUGGAAGGAAAGCAUUUUCGAGUAUGUUUCGGUUGAUGCUUCCGCUAGUAUGAAUGAUUUGGCUGAGCUGGUACUUCGUGGUGGGGACAUGAACAAAGCAAUGACACUGCGGAACGUGUUCUACAGACAGUUCCUGUCGGCUUCCAACACCAAACACAGCAUUGUGCUCUGCGCAUUCUCACUGUUUGAGUUACCUUCGAGGAAAAUCAGACUGGAAACGAUAGAGAAUUUAUGGAACAAAUGCGAUGGUUAUUUGAUCCUUGUCGAACAUGGUUCUCAGGCUGGAUUUUCAUUGAUCGAAGAAGCGAGAAAGUUUCUGUUGGCGAAGAUCGAAUCCAGUGGGAACGAAGGCCAUAUAUUUUCGCCGUGUCCACACCAUCAGCAGUGCCCUCGUAUGGCGCUCCAAGAUGGAACGCCCUGUAACUUCGAAUCAACCUUCAAUCCAUUGCCACUCAGCAAAGGGGUGGAAGCUAACAAGGCGUUGUAUUCCUACAUCGUGUUUCACAAAGGAAGUCCUACCCAGCAAACCAGGUACCCGCGGUUAGUGAGACAAACACUUGUCCGAUCGAAACAUUCGAUAUGUCGGAUGUGUACUGAAGACGGUCGGCUGCAGGAAAUCAUUUUUACCGCCGCUAAGCAUGGAAAGAUUCUGUAUAGAUGUGCAAGGGCCAGCAAAUGGGGUGAUCAACUGCCAAUAAAAAUUGACUUAAAAGCUGUAGACACUGUAAGUGAAUGCACUGGAAACGUUAGCUAAAAAUGAACGUUUAAAUCCUUGUUAUAUAAUCAGGCUAAAAUGAUGAAAAAAUAA